UUACACUUAGACAAGUAAGACAAGUUGGAUGGAAUACAGUCGAUAAGUCAGAAUGACAGAAGACAGAGUCAGCUGACAGAGUUGAAAUGUCAACAGAUCUCAUAAGUUUAAUAAGUUUACCCGGCAAUUACAUGGAAACAUUUCCAAUCACCUGAAAAAAAUUAUCCGGUAAAAAUUCGGUGAAAAAAUCGAAUUAUUGUAGGUUAAGCUUCUGAAUUUGUAAAUAAAAACAAAAGGUGAAUUGUUUAUAAACAAUAGUUGAUAAUAAUAUGUCAGCACUUGGAUUUUUUCCAAUUGAAGGAGCUUUUCAUCGUGCACUGAUCUUCAUGUUCAAACUCGCCUGGAAGUCUCGAUUUCGACUACCUGUUCUCAUGAUUGCAGCCUUUGUUGUUAUGGAUAUCAGAAUGCAGCUCGAAAUAGACGUCCACGUUAGAGAUGCCGAUAAUCAGGAGAAUCCAUAAAUGUUUUUCUUUUUGUUAUAAGUUAUUUUAAAAAUUUAAAUUAUUUAUUUUGUUAAAAAGUGUACAUAGGCCUAAAAUUUUAUCUGAAAUAUUUUUUUUAUAUUUUAGAUGGUAAGCAAAUUAAUAUUUGAUAGUUGAUGAGUUUAAUUAUGCAAUACUAAUAAUACAAUGUUUAAUCUAAUUGUAACAAAAUGUGAUUUUUAGAAUUGAAUAGUUGUGAAAUUUAAAUAAUAUAAAAUGAAACCUUUUGUAUCUUAAUUAAAAAAUUUUUAAGGUUUCCACUUCAGUAUAUAUACAAAAGAAUUCAAUUCAAUAGUUACUACAAUUGAUCACUGUGAAAUAAAAAAGGAUCGUAGAAUGUUUAUAAAUUCAACUGUUACUUUGUUAACUAUUUUUUUUAUUUUUAAUGUUGUUGAGAUUUCGUGCCGAGAAGCUUUAAAUCCCGAUGAAGAUAUCGGUUUCCCACCGAUAACAGAUAUGAGUGAGUCUCUUCGGGAAAAAUUAAUUGAGAGUCAUACUCAAGUUCCUUGUAUUAUUGAGUAUCAAAUUACAAAACGAAAAAUAGGAGAAUGCGCAAAAUUAACUGGAAGCAUCCGCGGUUGUGUUUCUGAUUCAUUAGUCAACCCAUUUCACCCCGACUGUUUGUAAAAUAAUCAAGAAAAUUAUUUUUACUGAAUAAAUUUGUACAAUACUCUUAUUGAUCUACAAAUGACUAAAUAAAUAUUUAAAGAUAAAAUUUUAUUUAUUUAAAAGAUCAAGUGUGACAUGAUGAUAGAUUUUAUUGAAUCCCUCUUGAGCUGAGGUGAUAAGUUUGGAUUAACUAUGAUCGCAAAACCACAGGGAUGCAAUUGAGAAUUCAUUGCCCGGAAAUAAUUUACUUGAACGACAAAUAUUUAUCAAUGUUAAUGUUAAUACUUUAUUUAACUUUUCUGGAGGGGAUAGAGGUAUAAAAUAAGAUGUAGGUAGGUAGUUUCAGCAGCAAUGAAGUUCCGAAGUUUAGUUUGUUGGGCGCUCCUCGGAUUCUGUGGCGUUGAAGCUAAUUAUUUCGCCAAUAUUUUGAACGCGUUGUACCAAGAUGUUAAAUUUAUCAAUCAGAGUGUUGAUCAAGUUAAUCUCGAUUGUAUUUUCGGAGUUGCGCUUGCAGAAGCUAACUUAAUUGCGGUUUUGUCAUCGAAUAAUGAAUUUUUAUCUAAUGAUCAGUGGGAUUCGCUCAAUGAAAUUGUAAGCUUGUGUCGAAGAUCUCGGAAUUAUUUCAGUGAACAAUUAAUUGCAAAAAAUGACUCCUUUUUAAACCAGAUGAAAAUUCUGCUACAACCAGAAAUUUGGAUCAAACCAAUAAAUUGGCAUUUUGGAAUCCUAAACUCUCCGUUUAAAUCAAACUUUACAUUAUCAGAAGAUCAGUCAGCUUCAUUAAUUAUGAAGGGUACACCUCAAGAGCCUGAAAGUGAUUAUUGUAUUGCAGAACUGAGCGGAGAUAACUGCCGUAUAUCAAAUAUAUGUAUGGACAUGUUGUUGCGUAAAGAUGGCUCCCGAGGGUAUCCCUUGACUCAUAGAGUGUUGUACGUUCAAACUGCAAAGGCUUUACAGUGUACAGAAAAUUACAGAGCUAAUUUAACGGAUCUAACAGAAAAUUAUUGUCGAGAUAUUUUCAACGAUUUGAUUGAAUUAGAGUUUAAUGGAUUUCCCUCAAUGUCGCAGGACUUAAUAAUGGAACAAAUUUUUUUAUGCGGUAUGGAAGGAUUUUUAGAAUUUGCAAAUGAACAUUACGGAAAUUUAAUAAUUAGAUGGCAAAAUUCUCAUGGAUGCUUUUCUUCUUUCAAUUCCCACACAGUUCGUUCUCGUUCCAAAAGAGAAACAAAUCCCUUAGAUUAUGGAUGUGACAGUCAUGCUACUGGAGUCGCUGCCGCUGCAUUAAGCGUGUUAAUACGCGAAUUUAUAGAAAACUAAAUCAUUUAAAUUAAUCUCAAAUCAUAACUCUGAAAAUAUUACUCAGUAAUUUAUUGAACUUAUAUGUAAAUUUAUUUAAGAAUAAUUUUAAAAAUAUAGUGUAAAUAUGAGUAUUUAUGAUUUUGAUUAUAAAAUAAAAUAAACUAAAUAAUAAAUAUUUAAA